UAUAUAUAUUUAUUGUUUUCUCAAGUUUUGCUGAAUUACAAUCUGUAGUGCACCAGUAUAAAUUCAUCAUCUUUUGGUUGUCACAUUUAGGACUCAUAGAUUUUCACACUUACUACUAAAAGUUGGCUCAACUUCAUGCAGAAUUUCAUAUUCUCACAUGUUUUCCAUGUCUUGUAUGAUGUUACACAGUGCUGUAGGCCUAAUUUUGUGCUAUCUCAGAUAAUUCCCCUUCAAUAUUAUCACCUCACUUCUUGGAAUUAUGAGAUAAGUGUUUCCUGGUACCAGUGAAUAUUAAUAUUAGAACAAGUGGAACAGAAUCAGGGAUGUACCAUGCAGAACGUGUUAUCACUAAAAACAGGCAUUUAAACUUAUUUGACCUCAAGCACUGCUCACACUUCUAUGAUAACUAGGUUAACUUGUGGCUGUGUCCGCUGAAUUAGGCAGGAGCCUUCCAACAUUCAGCUUGUCCUGUAUUAGCACCAUAUUCAAGUGUUUUUACCUGUCUGGGUUUUAGAUUAGUGCCUGGGACUGACAGAUAAGAUUUGGUGAAAGUGACACUUUGAAAAAACCAACUGUAAACAAAGGUGUGAGGGUAGAAAUCACUGCUAGACCUGAGACCACCAUUACAGACACGGCAGAGCAGACAUGUUGUCAUAAAGAAGGAAGACCAGGAUUAUUAUAUUCCAAAACACAUAGCUUUUUAUUUUAAAAAUACAAACUUAGGACUAUAAAGAUGUUGGUGAAGGAAGGGACUAUAAAUUCUGGCCAAGAAUCCAGCGUGGCAGACCAAUCACCAAUGGUCAAUGUUUUACAAGACACUGAAUAUCAGAACAAUGCCCUCAAUAACAACACUAACACUACAGGCAACCUGGUACAAAAUUUCAGAUUUUUCAGACAAAGAUCCAACUCUGAACUUCCUAUGCGAAACCGGGUAAAGACAUCACUGCCACCUGGAUCUGAUACAGAAACCGAUUUCCAAUAUAACAAUGGUGAAAGAAGAAAGCGCUGUCAUUCUCUUUCCCUCACAGAUCUGUCUAAAAAUUCGAGGCCAACAGCAACAGCACCUACCUCACAAGCAACCACACUGCGUGGCACAGCAUUCCAAAAAUAUCAGACAGAAGAACAGUCAAAAGCUCAAUACUGGGUUGAAAAUGAGAGGGAAAAUGAUAAAAACAAUGCACUGUGGGUAGAAAAUGAGUGUCCAUUCCAUGGGAGUCCGCCAGAUUUUGUGAAGCUCUCCAGCGUGGAUGACAUUAGCCCUUCAGAGUUGUUCACAGACAGAGAGGCAACAGAUCUAGUCACAGAAGAACAAGAUAUAGAUUUUGAUGAAGAAUCAGGAAAACAAGUUUCCCCUUUUAACCAGACCUGGCAGCUUGAUCUAGCUGAGGGAGGCUUCAAUAAUGUGGUACGAGGUCCAGACUUCAACCAAGAUGUCACAAUCAGUGAUGAGAUGGAAUUUUAUGAAACUAGAAGACGGAGGUUUUCUACUCGCUCAUCAAGCAAUGGCUCUAUGAAUUACCCAAAUAAGCUCAGAUCAUCUAGUCUGGAUGCUGGGAGUGAAGAUGAAAGCAAUAUCUUUAGUGAAAAACAGGAGGACAUGACACCCUUAUCUUUAUCCUUUGCAGCAAGGAAGAGUGCCAUCUUGAUCAGUGGACGCAGAAGGUAUAGAUCAUGCACUGAGGACAUUACAGAGGAAGAAAACACUCCAAUUCUGCCCCCAAAAAGAACAUUCACAAAUAAGCUACCCUGACAUAAUAUUGCCUGACAAACCCACAACACCCCGAGAUGACCAGCCAGUUAGUCGACAACGGUGUUACACAACAAAUUCUCCAAGACUGACAAAGUAUCACACUCACAGAAGAAAAGAUAGUGACAGCAAUCUUGUGAUCCCAGAUGAUGCAAAAUGGGGAAGUACUGCCCUAAAGAAAUUU